AUGAACCUGACGGAGUUUAACCGGUCUGAUCUCUGUGAGCAUUUCUCCUGUCCAGAGAGAUCUGUAUCUUCUGCAGUUUAUAUCUUACUGUACAUGUGUGCAGCUGCUGUGGUUCUUCUAACAGUGUGUGGAAAUCUGCUCAUCAUCAUCUCUGUUCUUCACUUCAAGCAGCUUCACACUCCGACCAACAUGCUUGUGCUCUCACUGGCCGUGUCGGAUUUCCUCGUCGGCGCUUUAGUGAUGCCGCCAGUGUUCAUUUGGACUAUCGAGUCAUGCUGGUUAUUUGAUACAGUUUACUGUAUAUGUUUGAUGAUCACUUCUUUUAUUCUGGUGAACUUGUCCAUCUACACCAUCGCUCUGAUUGCUGUGGAUCGCUAUUUGGCGCUUUCAAACCCAUUUUUCUACACAAACACAAUCUCUACAAGGAUGAUGUGCACUGUGGUUUAUUUGAACUGGUGUCUGUCUCUGGUGUAUAACACGAUACCGUAUUAUUUUAAUGGAAGCUUACAGACUCCUGUAAUAUGUCCUGGAGAAUGUUUAGUUUUCCUCACUGGGUUUUUGUUUGCAAUCGAUCUCAUAUUUUCAUUUAUAUUUCCACUUUCUGUCAUAAUCAUAUUGUACAGUCUGGUUUUUUUGAUCGCUAAGAAACACGCCACUGCUAUCAGAGAGCUUAAUAAUCACACACGACCUCAAACACAGAAAAUCACCUCCCACUCCAUGAAAUCUGAGAGAAAAGCAGCCAAAGUCCUCGGCAUUUUAGUGGCCGUGUUUCUGGCGUGUUUACUUCCGUAUUUUAUUUACAGUUUAUUAGGAAGUGUUAUGGAGCUACAGACAGAUUUUUUUCAGAAAUUUGGAAUCUUAUUGUACCUGAAUUCCACCAUUAAUCCGGUUAUUUACGCUCUGUUUUAUCCGUGGUUUAGGAGGUGCAUUAAAUUAAUUAUAACUUUGCAGAUAUUCCAGAGAGACUCUGCAUUAAUCAAUGUUUUUUCGCGCUCCUGA